UACAUAAGAAACUGAAACAAUGGACAUGACACAAACUAAAGACUGUUGAACCACAGAGACAGAUGAGCUCAUGGCAUUGCUCACUCUUCUGACUGUAAUCCCAACAGGUCUAGCAGGCAUCCCUGAGGGGAGGGGAUAUCAACUGAAGUGCAUCCUCCUUUCUACAACAGAAUCCUGGUUCAGGUCCAGUGACAUUGUUAAAGCUCCUGCUGAAAGACAGUGAUUGCCUUAACUUAAAUUGUACGUUAAAAUACACAUUCCUAUAUUUAUAAAUAACUUCAAGUCUAGAGAUCAGUCAAGAAAUGUCAGGAAUGCUAGGUGCUGCCAUGCGUGAGAAAGAAUUAAAAUACCACUUCCAGAUUAAAGUUGGCAAGCAAAAUAUUUGCUUAUUCUACCCUUUUGGGGUUUUAUUGCAUCUAGCAUGGGAGUUUAUCUAGGAUUCAAGUUGUUAUUUGCUUAGCACUAAAAGCAAACUAAAAACUGUGCUAUACAUAUGCAAUUGUGUUAUGGCUGCAAGGGUGCUUUGCUGAAGAGCUUAUCUUUCCAAAUAGGCAAAGUAAAGGCACAAGGGGUGAGAAAUGGAUAGAAACACUGAGACUAUGAAAGGAAAAUCAGGAUUCUUUUGCAAUAACCAUAUGAUCUCAAAUUAACUAUUGGGGUUUUUUCCCUUAGACAGGUGGAACUUUGCUUUGUGAAAGAAUAAGUAUUUUUAGGUGUCUUGGUUUGAAAGAAAUGGUGUCUGCCAAAGAAGGUGGGAACCUCCCUUGGAAUAGAAAAUAUGACUCCCUUCCCUCCAAAUUAUUAUAACUCUGAAAUUAUGGGGCUUUUGGGAAAAGAUAUGAUAAAAGGAAUAACGGUUCUUUACUAGUAGAUGUAUAGAUAUAGAUAUAGAUAUAGAUAUAGAUAUAGAUAUAGAUGUAUAACAAAGCAAACAAACCAACAAUGGCAGCAACAACAAACAAAAAGCCAGAAACACAACCGCAGCUGCAGGCACCUUCCCCUUUGGUGCAGUUCUGGUCACAGCCAGCAGGGAUGCCGGUGGCUCCUGGCCUGGCAGGGCGGGUGCAAUGAUUCCCCCGCGGCUGCAGGGAGCACUGUGGCACGAGGUCAGACGCUUCUCCACACGGUGAUGGCAGCUCAGCUGGCGGGCCAGAGAGAAAAGGGGCUUUGUUUACAAACACAGGGGCAGUCAGUCCUGGUGCCCCUCCAGAUGGAGAAAUGGGCUGUAGCAGGAAUCUCGGAGCACUGGCUGGAACAGCAGAGAUCAUUACAGGGUCGUGGACUUUCACCGAGGAAGAAGAGAGGAGCCUUCCUCAAACGACCACCAGAGAGUAAAAGAAGACCCCCUAGCAACAGAGGGCGCAAGCGCAGAGUACACCCAGAGAUACCGCGGACACGGAAGGAAGAGAGUAUAAAAAGACUGUGGGAAGGGGGAAACGGUGUGAGCCGUUGGCGGAGCGGUGACUCCCCGGCUGCACCCAGUGCUGUUUGCUUGCCAUUUCUUGCUGUAAUCAAUAAAUUUCUGAUUGACUCUCGAAAGGCUGAACAAAUUAUUCGCCUCAAUUUAUAA